GGAAUUAUGCUCUGAUCACAACAGAUUGCAGAGAACAGCUGUCCUCCAUUUCUGAAUGGAAAAAAAAAACACCUGAAACUCAGUCUAAACAAACUCUUUCCAGUGCCUCAUGUUUUGUUUCCUGAUACCCACGGAUGGGAAACCGAAGCAGCAGAAAUCUCACUGCUUGUAUGAGAAGUGAUCUGCUCAUACGAGCCCUCGACAACCUGUCUCAGGAAGAGUUCAAAAGAUUUAAAGACAAAUUAUCACACUCUGACUUUGAGGGGAAAGGUAACAUCCCUCGAGGUCAGCUGGAGAAUGCUGAUAGGAUAGACACGAAGAACCUCCUGAUGCAAUUCUAUGGUGAAAUUGCUGCGGUAGAAGUAACCACAGCUGUUUUCACUCAGAUCAACCUCAGAGACGCUGCUGCUAAACUCAGAGAAGAGAGAGAGAAAGCUUUGGGUCCUCGGCAAACAUCUGAAAGAUCAGUAAAUGCUUACAGCAUGAAGUAUAGAGAACAUAUAAAAAAUGAAUACAGCGCAAUAAAAGACAUGAACGCUCGUCUUGGUGAGAAUGUGAAACUAAACAGCAGAUACACAAAGCUGAUCAUUACAAAUGAACAUCGUCAUGAAAAGCAGAGAGAACAUGAAAUAAUGGCCCUGGGACGGAGACAUGCAGAGAUCAUGACUGAGCAUGCUACUCCUAUCACCAUAGGCGAUUUAUUUGAAUCUGAUGGAAAGGAACAAUCACCACAAAUUGUCGUGCUGCAGGGAGCUGCAGGGAUUGGAAAAACACUGACAGCAAAAAAGAUCAUGUUGGACUGGGCAAAUGAAGAACUGUAUCAGAGCAGGUUUGAUUAUGUUUUCUACAUAAAUUGUCGGGAAAUUAACUUUGACAGAGAGCAGAGAAGUGUGGAAGAUUUGAUUCUAGGAAAUUGUCCUGAUCAUAAUGCACCAACUAAAGAGAUUCUGAUGACUCCAGAAAAACUCCUGUUCAUAAUUGAUGGUUUUGAUGAACUGAGAUUUGCCUUUAAUCAACCAACAAGUAAUCUGUGCUCUGAUCCCUGUGAGAAGCAGCCAGUGGAAAUCAUACUGAGCAGUUUAUUUAGGAAAAAAGUGCUUCUCAAAUCUUACUUACUAAUUACUACAAGACCAAUUGCCCUGGAGAAACUUGGGCGGUGUUUGAAAGAUGAACGUUAUGCAGAGAUCCUGGGGUUUUCUGAAAAUGAGAGAAAAGAAUAUUUUUACAAGUUCUUUGAGAAGGAAGAACAAGCAAGCAAAGCCUUUAACUUUGUAAGAGACAACGAAAUGCUGUUCACCAUGUGCUUUGUCCCCAUUGCCUGUUGGAUCAUCUGCACGGUUCUGAAACAACAGCUGGAAGCAGGUGAAGAUCUUGCACAAACUUCCACUACAAUCACUGGAGUCUACAUGCUCUAUCUCUUCAGUUUAUUAGAGGGUCACAGCAGCAAUUCAAAGCAAAAGGUACAAGGUAACUUGAAUGAACUUUGCUCCUUGGCUGCAGAUGGAAUCUGGAGGAAGAAUAUACUGUUCGAGGAAGAAGAUGUCAAGAAACAUGGUUUAGAUAAACCUGAUUCCCUCUUUCUGAAUGAGAACAUGUUUCAAAAAGGCAUUGGCUGCGAACGUGUUUACAGCUUCAUUCACUUGAGUUUUCAAGAGUUUUUUGCAGCUUUGUUUUAUGUGUUGGAGAAAGAAGAACCUGUGAAAAAGUCAGCAACUGCUAUACAACCUGUGGAAAAAUUGUUUGAAAAAUGUGGAAAAUCUAGGAAUUAUUUAAUGUUAACAGUGCGAUUCCUGUUUGGUCUCUUAAAUAAAAAGAGAAUGGAGGAGAUGGAGAAAAAUCUUAGCUGCAAAUUUUCACCCAAAGUUAAAAAUAAUUUACUAACAUGGGUUAAAGAGAAACCCUUUUUGUUGUUGUUCAACUAUGAUAAAUUGCCUUCUGAUAAGGAGUCAAUGUUUUUCUAUCUGGAUUAUUUUUACUGUUUGUAUGAAAUUGAAGAAACUGAAUUUGUGCAGAGUGCAAUGAAUCAUUUCACGGAGCUAAAAUUAACUCAUCAUACCUUUACCAAAAUGGAUCAAAUUGUUCUUCAAUUCUGUAUAAAGAAUUGCUGUAAACUGGCGUCAGUUUGUCUAGAGAACUGUACUUUUCUAACUGAAGACCUGAAUGAAGAUUCCCCAGGACCACGCGAGUGGCCACAUCGGGCACAACAUCAGGAUGAGUUGCAUCCUUCAUCUAUUUACCUGCUCUGUCAAGCACUGAAGGCUUCAAACUGUAAUUUAAAGAAACUAAGCUUGGGGAGUUGUGGUCUCACAGCCGCUGGCUUUGGGGAUCUCGCCACUGUUCUCAGCACCAGCCAGAGCCUGACAGAGCUGGACCUGGGUGCUAAUAAUCCGGGAGAUGCUGGAGUGCGGCGGCUGUGCGAGGGACUGAAACAGCUGAACUGCAAACUGCAGAGUCUGCUCUUGUGGAGUUGUGGUCUCACAGCCGCUGGCUGCAGGGAUCUCGCCGCUGUUCUCAGAACCAGCCAGAGCCUGACAGAGCUGGACCUGAGUGAUAAUAAACUGGGAGUUUCUGGAGUGCGGCUGCUGUGUGAGGGAUUGAAACACCCAAACUGCAAAGUGCAGAGACUGGAAAAUGAAAAAUGCCUUAUUAUCGGUGGAUGCCUUAUUAUCGGGGAGGUCUUAUUAUCGGGGGGAUGCCUUAUAUUACAACGAGAGGCAAAACUCUUCUUUAGUGGUCAUCUCCCAGGUGCUUGCUGUGAGGAUCUCGCUGAUGUUCUCAGAGCCAACGAGAGCCUGACAGAUCUGAACCUGGGUUAUAAUUAUCUGGGAGAUGCCGGCAUGCAACGUCUGUGUAAGGGACUGACACACCCGAACUGCAAACUGCAGAGACUGGGAUUGCAGGGUUGUCAUCUCACAGACGCUGGCUGCACGGAUCUCGCCGCUGUUCUCAGAACCAACCAGAGCCUGACAAAGCUGGACCUGAGUGAUAAUGAACUGGGAGAUGCCGGUGUGCAGCUACUGUGUGAGGGACUGAAACAAAACUGCAAAUUACAGAGUUUGUCGUUGUGGAAGUGCGGUGUCACAGCCGCUGGCUGUGGGGAUCUCGCUGCUGUUCUCCGAGCCAGCCAGAGCCUGACAGAGCUGCAGCUGGGUGAGAAUAAUCUGGGAGAUGCUGGAGUGCAGUUGCUGUGUGAGGGACUGAAAUACCCAAACUGCAAACUGCAGAGACUGCGCUUGAAGAAAGAGUAUUUAACUGAAGAAAUGAGGGCAGAGCUGGAUGCUGUGAAAGACACAAAACCUGAUCUGGUUAUACAGAUACUGGAUUGGUGAGUGGGAGCCACUGCACCAAUGCAGCUCUGACCUGGCUGCCCUGCCACUAGCUGCGGGAGCAGCUGGAGAACACCUGCCCCUAUUGAAAUUGCCAUCCCCAGGGACUCCAGCAGCAAAUGUCAACAUCUGUGGCAGGGGGCUGGGUAGAGAUUGUGAGGGCCAACCCUCCUGCAUGAAGGCAGGAGGCUUAGGAGUAGGAGCUGGGUUUGCUCUAUUCUCACUGUGCAGUGAGGUAGCUGUUUUCAGGGAAAAGUGGGGGGGGGGCAGGAGGGAGAAAGGGGAUCGGGGGAGGUAGAGAUGCGGGAUUAUGAGAUGGAGGGGUCUGGAAACCUCCCCUUUUCAGUCUGUCAGUGCAGGGGGGAGACUCAAGAACUAUCCUUGGGUCCGAAGGGGAACUGUCCUUCUCUUACAAUGGUUCAUACUAUUACGUGUAUAUUUACAAAGGGGUUGUAAUUUUACACAACUCCACAGCUAUUAAGUCAUCAUUUUUCUGUAUCCAUCUCUAACAGAGGCUUAUCCUGGAUGUAUAUUUGUGUCAGUUUUGCUGGAGUUCAAUAAAGAUCAUGUAUCAAG